CUAUAAGAAGAGCCUCAUGACUCCUUUCCUCUUUCAGUUUAAGGAAGUCAAUGGUUAUCACCAGGCCAACCUCAUAUCAACAGAACCCAAAGAGUGAUCCAAUCAGAAAGAAGAGAGAAGAAAGAAGAAAGUAACGUGGGUUGAAGGAAAUGAGAAAGUAACGUGGGUUGAAGAAGAGUGGGUUGAAGGAAAUGACACCAUCACAUUAGACAAAGAGAGCUUCAUUCAAGAGGAAGAUGAAGAUGUUGAGAAGUGAUGCACUAGAAAGCCCUAAAAGAAAGCUCUCAAAUAAAGGACUAGGAAGGUUCAUGAAGGAAGAAAGAGGUAGGCUCUAUAUAAUAAGGAGAUGCGUUAUUAUGCUCUUGUGCUGGCAAGAUUAAAGCCAAAAGAAGGAGCAAAAAAGAAGGGAUUGUGGAAUUACUUCAGUCCUCAGCCCUCACAACCAGCUUGGAAGCAAGUGAUGAUGAUUCCAGAUUUUUCUUCAUUUCUUUUCAAUCUCUUCUUCGGGUACCAGUGCAAGUGAACAGAAGAAGCCUCUCUCAAAGUCUUUCCUCUCUUUUUCUUGUUAAUAUGACCUUUUUUCUUUACCUUUUUGUUCAUAUCUGAGAGAUCAAACUCAGACUAGGCAAGAGAAACCCUAUCUUUGCCUCA